AUGAGCGAUUUUCGAAUGCCCGCCAUAGCCACACUCUUAAACGGCAGACUAAGCUUCCCCCCUCCAUCCCUCCUCCCGCCUAAAACUCCAAGCUUGCGCGAUUUUCCAUUUUCUAGGAUUUUUUCUGGUAUCAUCAGUGCUAUCUGCGUAAGACUGGAGUUCCUUGUGACUACGGCUUGCUACUUCGAGAGGGUUGCCCCGGUUGAAGGAUCUCGUCGUGGCUUGCCUUUUGUGGACUACAAUGUGUACAUGAUGUACGCACAUACGCGCAUCCACACACACACACAUACAUCGUAUUCAGCUCCUCUAAAAAAACGCCAUCCUUCUAAAAAAAAAGGAAUCCGCAUACCGAACAACAGGAUUUUGACAUGUGUCUCUUUGCAAGCAACUUGUGCGCUCAUCCUCCGCCGCCUCCGCCGCCGUGGUAACUUUUCCAGGGAUGUGCCAGCAACGGGCAGCGGCCAAGCGUCAUCAAGCAAAGUAGUAGUAGCACACCGCACAGACAAAAAGAAAACUCCCGAGCAUGCAGGGCAAACAACAACUGUUCCCGUAAAUCGUCAACCUGCCGCGAACAACUCCCAAAAACAGGUUAGGGAGGGCAAGGGCAAUGCGAAAACGACAUGA